AUGGACGCCAAAGAUGACAAGACCCACUCGUCCAGCGACAUCAACCUUGAGUUCCUGCCUCCGGUUGACUUGACCUUGGAUUUCGAAAAUAAGAAAGAUGGCAUUCAUGACGACCAGAAAGAUGGUGAACAGCUGGGCAAGCAGGACACCAAGCCGGAUGGGAAGCGGGACGACAAGCAGGACGCCCGCAUCAGCGACUCGGUGCCAUCUCCCACCUCGGAUGUUCCUCUCGGCGAGGCAGACACGCAAGCAGAGUCUGGGCCGACGCAAAAGGAAGAUGAGAAGCUGAAAAAACGAGCACGAUGGGCUCUUUUCGUUAUGGCUUUCUUCAUGGGUGACGUGCAGGAUGGGCUCGGUCCUUUUCUUGGCGUCUACCUUCAACAACACGGAUGGGCUCCCGGGCUGCGCGGCUCGGUGAGUACCGCCGGCGGCGUGGCUACAAUCGUUGCUGCCGGUCCUAUCGGCGCACUUAUAGACGCGACGAAAAAAAAGCGCCUCCUUGUGGCUGCUUUCGCCCUCCUCGUUGGCGUUUCCCAAGGGCUCAACCUACUUAGCACACAUCCGGCACUCGUCUUCACGACGCAAAUCGUGUCUGCCGUCGCGGGUACGAGUAUGGUGCCUCUACUCGUAGCGCUCACGCUGGGCAUCUGCUCUCAACAAGAGGAGGACGACCGAGGCACCAGUAACAACCGCGGCAACAAGAAACGGAAAGACAAGCAUAGCUUCCGCGCGCUAAACGGACGCAACCAAGCUUCCAACCACGCAGGCAACAUGGUCAGCGCAGGUCUGGCGGGCCUGUUGGGUUCCCACUUUGGGUUGACGGCAGUCUUCUGGCUUGUCAUGGCCUUCUGUGCUGCGACUAUGGUAUGUGUCUUCCUACUGCCGGAACGGGCGAUCGACCACGCCGCCGCGAGGGCAGGGCCUCCGUCUGAGCACGAUGUCAGCGAUGACAGUCAUCGUCAAGACAUGCAAGAAAGAGGCAGGGCAGGAAUAGAAGACCCCCCAAGAGCACCUAAUCCCCCUCGGGAUAUCAUCACCAUUCCGAAGGAGAAGACGAACACAUUCUCGAAAGCAAUUCAUCUCUUCAGGAAUAACCGGUCUUUGGGCGUCAUUGCCAUCACCGUGUUCUUGUUCCAUCUCGGCAACGCGGCGAUUCUGUAUCUCUACGGACAGGCCCUCGUGGCCGCGGGUCAAGGCGACCCCGCCGGCACGACCGGUCUAACCGUCAUCAUCGCCCAGGGCACGAUGGUUGUCGUAUCCAUCCUCACAUCGUGGGUUUCCGGUCGACGGGGCUACUGGCUUGCGAUUUUGACAUCAUACGCUGUCUUGCCUAUCCGUGCUGCUGUCGCGGGUAAGGCUAUAAAGAGCUGGGGUGUGUGGCCUGUUCAGAUUCUCGAUGGUAUUGGUGCGGGUAUCCAGAGCGUCGCGAUUCCUGGACUAUUGGCUGUCAUGAUGGCUGGGAGCGGGCAUUUCAAUGUCACUUUUGGUAUCGUUGGUGGCAUGACCCGCCAGACCGGCGCUGCCAUUUCUCACUCAUUGGGAGGUUGGAUGGCGCAGGAUAGGGGGUACAGCUUUGCGCUGUACGUGUUGGGUGUCUUCCCUCUCGCCUCACUUGCAUUAUGGAUUGGGUUCUAUAGGAUGUUAUUAAGACCACAAACCUAG